UAAAUGAACAGUGCCAUCAACAGGUCGUGAAUUGUAAAGCUGAGAACAUUUUGUACAACAGACACUGCAGGAUAAAAUCCAUAGAAUCGUUAUAGAUUGUGACUUUAGUCGCGCGGGACGCGAUUUUUUCUACUCAAAAUUAUUUUAUAUAUCGUAUUUAUAUUCAAUUAUUCACUCUGGUAUUUAUAAUUUUUCAAAAUGCCAGCAGAAACAACAACGCAGGCUAGCCGAAUGGCUAAGUUCAAAAAUAAUAUGAAGUCAGAGGAUGCAAGAAGAAGAAGAAAUGAAGUAAGUGUUGAACUUCGUAAAGCCCGCAGAGAUGAUCAAAUCCUCAAACGUCGGAAUAUUGUUAUUGAAGAAUCUGAAUUGACUAAAUCUCCAGAAUCUUCUCGAUCUCCUGUUUCAAUGUCAAUUGAUGAAAUCGUUACUGGAAUGGCAUCUAAUGAUCCGCAUCUUCAACUUCAAGCUACACAAGCAUGCAGAAAAAUGCUUAGUCGAGAAAAACAUCCUCCGAUAGACAUAAUGAUUCGAAAAGGAAUCGUUCCUCGCUGUGUAGAAUUUCUUAGUCGUCAUGAUAACCCCGCACUUCAAUUCGAAUCAGCUUGGGCGUUAACUAAUGUGGCCUCUGGAACAUCAGAACAAACACAUACCGUUACUGAGCACGGAGCCAUACCUAAAUUGGUUGAAUUACUUAAAUCACCUGCUCCAAAUGUAGCAGAACAGGCAGUUUGGGCUCUAGGUAAUAUUGCCGGUGAUGGUCCUUCCACACGAGAUCUUGUUCUUCAGAAUGGUUCUAUACCAAUUCUCAUCAGCUUGAUCAAACCUGAGGCACCAGUAACAUUCACAAGGAAUAUUGUAUGGACUCUUUCAAAUCUCUGCCGAAAUAAAAAUCCUCCGCCACCUUUCGAUAUUGUUAAAACAGCUUUACCUUCUUUGAAUCGUUUACUUGAUUAUGAGGAUAUCGACAUCUUAGCUGAUACUUGUUGGGCGUUAUCAUAUCUUACGGAUGGCACUAAUGACAAAAUUCAAGCCGUUUUAGAUUCCGGAGCAGUUCCAAAACUUGUGAAUUUAUUACGUUCUUCAGAAGUUACAGUAUUAACCCCAGCAUUACGAGCAGUGGGAAACAUAGUUACUGGAAAUGAUCUUCAAACAGACGCCAUCAUUGCCGCUGGUGGGUUGCAGACCUUACGUAAUUUGUUAGAUCAUAAGCGUUCCAAUAUUGUCAAAGAAGCUGCUUGGGCAAUUAGCAAUGUUACUGCAGGAAAUGGAGAUCAAAUUCAACAAGUUAUUAAUGCUGGGCUUUUACCGCCUCUAAUUAGAGUUCUCAAAUCUGGUGACAUUAAAUCUCAAAAAGAAGCAGCAUGGGCAGUAACUAAUUUGACCUCCGGUGGGUCAAUUCAACAGUUAGUCUGUCUUAUUCAACAUGAAGUUUUAGUACCUUUUUGUAAUCUACUAGAGGCGAAAGAUGUAAAAGCGAUCAUGGUAGUGCUUGACGGUUUAACAAAUAUUUUGGCUACCGCUGAGAAAGUUGGAGAACUUGAUCGUGUAGCAACUAUGAUUGAAGAAGCUGGUGGUCUUGAUAAAUUAGAAGCUCUUCAGCAUCAUGAAAAUGAAAAAAUCUAUCAGAAAACUUCUGCUAUGAUAGAUAAAUUCUUUUCAAUGGAACCAGAUAAUCCUGAAAUUGCUCCAACAACUGUAGACGGUCAAUUUGAUUUCCAAUCAACACAAAAUAGUACACCCCAAGGUGGAUUUCAAUUCUAAUAGUAGCGAAUUGUUUUCACUUAUUCAAUUGAACCUCAAAUGGAAUUAAUAUACCUUACGCUUUUUACACAUUUAUAUAUCGUAAACAAGAAUACAAUGAUUAUGAACAAUACAAUUUAAAAUAAGGAACAAAAUGCCAUAAAAAAUAAUAAUUUUUUUUUAGUCACGUAGAUUGAUUUUUUUGCAAUCACCUUAUGUUCUCAUUUAUCUUUCAGUUAAAUUUCAUCAAUACAUUUUUAUACAUUCUGAAAAUACAUGAGUUGCAAAGAUUUCUUUUAACUUAAGUUUUAUGUAGCUUGCUCUAAAAUGUGAUCUUGUGUUUGACAUCUAAUUUAUAUUUAGCAAGCAAUGAGCGUUAACUUUCCACCAAUCUUUGUACUUUAUUCUGAAAUUUUUUCAUCAAUAAAAA